AUGCUAUCCACUACUUCCCAGCAGGCCCUCAUGGACGUGGAAUGGAUGACGAGCCUGUCAGCUCUCAGGGCGUUCGUCGAACAUUGCGGACGGACCCCGUUUUCGUUUGAGUACAGACCAAAUUUCAGUACGCAUGUUGAUCGCGUCGAGGGCAUACUCACAUUGGAAGAUGGGGAACUGACCAUUUGUCUGGAGAAUGGAAGAAAGGCCAGUUUUGUUUCUUUGCGACACUCCAUGGUGUCUUUUAACAUGCCAAAGAACGAGAAUUUUCUCAAGGCUUUUGAUGAUGCCAGGGCGACUUUCCGAACCGAGUGGAUGGCGCUGGAGGACAGCAAGUCAAUGCUGUAUCAGCAGUACGAGAUGGCCAGGGCACAACUGGCGGAGGAAAAUUUAAAGAUCCAGCAGGACGCUUACGCUCAGACGGUGGGAUCCCACGAUCGCAUUAAUCAAUUGCAGCAUCACAUUAACACGUUGGAAGCGCAGAAAAACCAGCUGUGCGAGGAGAAGAUCCAGAUGCAAGCCCAUAUCAACCAGAUGCAGGCUUGGUGUGCCCAGAGGGAAGAACCUACGGGACUGCCAGUUCAGCCGGCUACGACAGAGGGUGACAACGACUUUAGUCCACAGGCUUUUCACACCUCGGCACAUACUGCCAAGAUGGACGGGCAUGCCGAACGGUCUUCUUUUGCGUUGGGGGCCCCGCCCCAGGUGGGGUUGCGAGGAAUUCAAGAACUGAAGAACAAGUUCGUGGACAAAGGUUUUCGUCCGGAGGAAAAUAUCCGGACUUUUGAAGGAGCCAUGGAGUAUUUAGUGGAGACUUCCCCAGAACAGUUGCUGGCGGCUUAUUGCGACCUCUUCCCAUUACCCAUGAGGCCUGGUUUUGAGCUCUGCCAGGCGUGGGACAACUUUGUGGCAUGGAUUUAUGCUAUCCGCCACGAGGGCAUGUCGGCCGAACUGACGCAAUUGGGCAGACGUUUACAUUAUCAGCUUCGGGUAGCUCAGGCGGCGAGGGACCACUCCGGAGUCAACAUCCAAACUCUUGUCAACGCCAUCCGCAAUCCAAGAAAAAAAGAAAACCCUGUUUUUCAGGCGGUUCAGAAAGCGAAGACACAUCCUGCCCACCCCCCGAGCUAUGCACGAUGUGUUCGAUACGGCCGCACCGGGCAUCACAACACAACUUGCUAUGUGCAAGUAAAAAAGACUCCGUUUAAGCCAAAAAACGAUUAUCGGCCCCGGAGGCAAUGA